UUAUCGACAUGGGACCUCAUAACUCUCAGCAUAUCUAUGGCCGGUGCCCAAAUUGCCUGGACUGUGGAACUUGGCUACGGUACUCCAUUCUUGCUGGGACUCGGUCUUUCCGAGAAGUUCUCUUCUCUCGUGUGGCUCGCAGGACCCAUUAGUGGACUGAUCGCACAACCCGUCAUAGGUGCUGUGUCCGAUUCUUCUACUUCAAAAUACCGUCGCCGUUUUUGGAUCAUGCUCUCGACAAUAGCUCUUGUGAUAUCUACCUUAACUCUUGCAUACUGUCAGGAGAUCGCUGCGUUCUUCGUUGAUUCACUUGGCGUUGGUGAAGGCGACUGGGACGAAAAGCGGAAUGAAAAGGCUAGUAGUGCUGCCAUUGGCCUUGCUAUAGUCUCAUUCUACGUCCUCGAUUUCGCUCUGAACGGACUUCAAGCUUCUCUCAGGAAUCUUUUACUUGACAUUGCUCCGCCGAGCCAAUUGAACGCAGGAAAUGCAUGGCAUGGUAGAAUGACAAAUGCUGGCAACAUAGUUGGUUACGGGUUUGGUUUUCUGCCUCUCGCUCAGUUGCCCAUAAUCAGGUUGCUGGGAGGUGAUCAAUUUCGCAAGUUCUGUAUUAUUUGCAUAGUGAUUCUCGUUGCAACCGUGGUAACUACUUGUGUAUGCCAUGAAGAGGAAGAGCGUCCUGCCAUGUCGCAGAGAACACAAGGGAGGGCAAGAGAUGUCUACGACAACAUACGUACAGCCGUCAUCAAUUUGCCCAGACCUAUCCGACGUGUUUGCUACGUGCAACUGUUUGCAUUCAUGGGCUGGUUUCCAUUCCUGUUCUAUUCGACAACGUAUGUCGGACAGAUCAUGGCGUUUGAGCAGGGCAAAGAACCAGAUCAUGAUUUCGCUAUUCGGUCUGGAGAAUUUGCCAUGUUGAUUUAUAGCAUAGUUGGCGUCAUUGCCGGAACAGUUCUGCCCCAUCUUGCUAGCCGGGAUCGUCGGCUUAUGGGGCACAAGAGCGAUGUCGAUGGAGAUGCUGAACUAUCUCGUAUCAGGGAAACUGUUCGACAAUGGAGGGUAGAUGCUGCUCGGCAAGGCAAACCUCUUCGCUUGCCCGUAAUGCCAUUUCUACUACGCAACAUUUGGACGGGUGCUCUUCUCUUUUUCUCUCUCUUGAUGUUUUCUACACUCUUCAUUACAACGGUUUUCCAGGCGACAAUAUUUAUCACUCUUGUGGGUAUCUGUUGGGCAGUCGCGAUGUGGGUGCCCUUUGCAAUCAUAAUGGAGCUUCUCAAGGAACCGCCUGCAAAUCAGCCUGUCUUGGAUGCGGGACGUCCUGUACGUGCACGCAACGUUUCCACCCCCGGCAAUCUUUCUUCUAUCAGCGUCCGUCGUGGCAGCGGCGUAGUGAGCGAACGGCAGCCUCUCCUUCGCCGCCGUUCUGUUGAUGAGUAUGACAACAUCGCCGAGGAGGAUGCCGUCGCCCCGCCAAUGGCUGGCGGGACUGUGUUAGGCAUUCACAAUCUGGCAAUUGUCAUGCCUCAGUUCAUUGUAUUUAUCUUACAUCUCACACUUUCAUUUCAGGUAGCCAUAGUGACGAGUGCAAUCUUCCGCAUUGUCGACGAGUCCACUGUUAAGUUGGCCGGUGAUGGCAACACCUAUUACGGCAAAAACGGUGUCGCAUGGGUCCUACGUUUUGGCGGAUUGUGCACAUUAUUUGGGGCGAUAAUUGCGCGGAUGGUCCCCCCAACCCCCACCGAGAAGGCAAUGCGUCGGAGACUGGGUGAAAUGAGG